CCAUAAUUCACUUGUCUUUACUCGCAACUAGGAAAUGUUUUGUUGGGACAUCAACAACUCACAUCUUCAAGAAAACCAAACGCCCAAUCGCCAUCGCCAGUUUCUCUUCCAGAAUCGUCGGGUUGUUGUGGCUGGGCGUUUCUUGUCUUCACUCACUCUCCAGGUUCUAACCCUUUUGUGGCUGUCAACCUCUUCCCCACUAGGCUCAAAAUCUAUCGGUUUUGAUCGACUCUGGUUUUUUGGUGGGUUCAUCGAUUUAGAAGAUGGGAGAAGUUGCCAAGGAUUUGGCUGCAGGGACAGUAGGAGGGGCAGCACAGUUGAUAGUUGGCCACCCUUUUGACACCAUUAAAGUCAAGCUCCAAAGCCAGCCUGUUCCACUCCCCGGACAGCCUCCAAAGUAUGCAGGUGCUAUUGAUGCAGUGAAGAAGACUAUAUCAGCUGAAGGCGCCGGUGGACUAUACAAAGGCAUGGGAGCUCCUCUAGCCACAGUUGCUGCUUUCAAUGCCGUGCUUUUCACUGUACGGGGACAAAUGGAGGCUCUGCUAAGAUCAGAACCUGGUGCCACGCUCACCAUUGGCCAGCAGGUUGUUUGUGGUGCUGGAGCUGGAUUGGCAGUCUCUAUUCUUGCUUGUCCUACUGAGUUGAUCAAGUGCAGGUUGCAAGCACAAAGUGCACUGGCAGUGGCUGACUCAUCUGCAGCCACCGUGGCAGUGAAGUACAGCGGGCCAAUGGACGUAGCCAAAAAAAUCCUGAGAUCAGAAGGCGGCACGAGGGGCCUAUUCAAAGGUUUGGUCCCCACCAUGGCCCGUGAGAUUCCUGGCAAUGCGACCAUGUUUGGAGUCUACGAGCUGCUGAAGCAGACGAUGGCAGGUGGGGAGGACACGUCCAAGCUAGGCAGAGGUUCCCUGAUGCUGGCUGGAGGCCUUGCUGGGGCAUCCCUCUGGCUCUUGGUCUACCCUACAGACGUCGUGAAAAGUGCCCUUCAGGUCGACGAGUUCAGUAAACCCAAGUUCUCCGGGUCCGUGGAUGCGUUCAAGAAGAUUCUGGCUGCAGAAGGUGUAAAGGGGUUGUACAAAGGCUUCGGUCCUGCCAUGGUACGUAGCAUCCCUGCGAAUGCAGCGUGCUUCUUGGCGUACGAGGUCACCAAGUCUAGCCUGGGAUGAUUCGAUUGAUGAAGUUAAAGGUAGAAGGAGGAGCCAACAGAGUUCAACAACACAAGCAGCAGACAGCUGCUAAUCAUCAGUUCCCUGUCCCUCUUGUUUCCAGAUUGGAUCACUUGGAUUCCCUUAUGAAGUACUUGGAAGGGAAACAAAACACGCAAAAGGGAGUAGGAGGAGGGAGGAGGAGGAGGAGGAGGAGGAGAGGCAGCAAAGCAGCAAACUGCAGCAAUGUUGGAAGUGGCAAUGAGGGAGGCUUACUUCAAGGGCUCUUUGAUGGAUCGUGUCGCUUCUCUCGAACACCGGCUUUUCCAGUUAUGUCUAGAGAUGGAGUCAACCAACACCUCUGCUAGUUCAUCACAAACAUCGGGAGGAGGCAGCACCUCCACCUCCUCUACCACCACCGCGGCAGGGUCCAGAAGCCAGACGCCAUCCUCGUCUUUCCCAACAUUCAGUCUUUCCAAUCCGCGCCACCCUCUUCUUCAUCACCACCAUGCUCGAUCUCAUCUUCAGCAGGCAAGUGCUUCAUAUUGUAUACUCUUUACGCUCAGCGCGAGACAUCAUUAAAGUGUUAACUCUUUUAUAAUAGAUUCAAACCAUCAUAGUUUCCAGUAGGGUUUUGUGUAAUCUAAUGUCAUCCAACAAUGUUCUUCAUUUGGGUUUGGUUUUGUAUAACAUUAUUUUUAGGUAGAGGAGGAGAGAGAGGAAGAAGGGGAGACAAAGGGCAAGGAUUCAAAGAAAGGCAGCAGCAGCAGCAAAAACAACAGUAAAACCAGAAAGGAAGAGAAGAACUGCAGAUCAAAUGGGAACACUAGCAGCAACAAAAAGCAGAUCAAAUGGCCACAGAUCAGACCUCUUAAGCUUCUAGGAUGCUAAGAAUCAAGUUUCCUUACCGACCGCUCCACCUUGUUCUUUUCUUGUUUCAAUAUGUAUGGAAUCGUACUUGAGAUUGAAGCAGUGACACUAGCGAUUCAGGAUCUAAAAAAGGAUUGUGCCAAUCAUGGUUGAACCUGUACCAACAAAUUGCUACAAUUUCACAAACAAUAUUGCUUUAUCUUGUCGUUCUUCUCUUCCUCUUUCGGAUAGUUCAUGUUAUACAUAGAAUGAAUACUAAAUUUGACAGCAUGUUAACGCAUGUUCUAGAUAGACCUGACAAACGGGUCGACUCAGAAUGAUUUCCUAGUCAAAGUUGUAGUUCUUAAAAAGUUAUGCGCAAUAAUAAAAAAAAAAAAACUUUACGACGUUCGGAUUGAGGAGCUAAAAGUUAUGUCUUUCCAAAGUUUGGCAAAAUCGAAAAAUUGCUCGUUCGGGGUAACAAACGACAUUUUUUUAGACGAAGUCUUCUUGCAGAUUGAAAGAUCUUGAAAAGUUAUAUGGAAUAGAAAAAAAUUUUCGCUACAAUCGGAUAACCGAGCGCAAAGUUACGUUUGUUUGAAAUUUCAG